AUGAAGCCCACAAGCAUUAUCCUCCCCCUGGGUCUCCUCAUCACCAACGCCCUAGCCGUCGACGUUACAAUCACCAUGGCAGGUGGAACAACCGACCUCCGACACCUCCCCACCACGGGAGAGUGCAUCGACUUAUUCCAGGGAACACACCAUGCCAAACUUCACGGCGGAGACAAGGGUACUCUUUGUGUUUUCUGGCUAGACUCCGGAUGCACGGGUCCUCCGGUUGGGGCGAUCUCGACGCAGAGUCGUGAUAGUGAUAUGGUUGACUCGGCGAAUGGGGCUCGCUGUCAUUGA